UCUACUACUACUUCCAAACCAAGUGAACCCACCAACAGCAACCCGCGAGUACCCCGAAACAUUCGUGCUCUGCGGGAUGGCAGAGGGGAGAAGCCCAAAGGACGCACCAUUGUCAUCUGCCUGGACGGCACGGGCGACAAAUUCGAUGCAGACAACAGCAACAUUGUGCAUCUCGUCAGCUGCCUCAAAAAGAGCGAUCCAGACCAAAUCACAUACUAUCAGUCUGGGAUUGGCACCUACGACGGUGGAGGGCUGUCGAAUGGAUUCCACGCGGCAAUGGAUAUGGCUGUGGGGAGUGGGCUGGGAGAUCACAUCCGGGACGCCUACCACUUUCUCAUGCAAAAUUACAAGGAAAAUGAUCGAAUCUGCCUGUUUGGCUUCUCGCGAGGUGCGUAUACAGCACGAUGUCUGGCUGGAAUGGUGCACAAGGUUGGUCUACUCCCAGCGCACAACCUGCAGCAGAUCCUGUUCGCAUAUCAAUACUACAAAGACGACUCGGAAGAGGGCUGGAAGAUGAGCGCCGAGUUCAAACGCACCUUUUGCAUGGACGUAUCGAUAUACUUUAUCGGCGUUUUCGACAGCGUCGCGAGUGUCGGCUUCAUCCCACGCACCCUUCCCUUGAGCAGCACGCCCUACAACAAGGCCGCCUACUUCCGCCACGCCAUGGCUCUAGACGAGCAUCGGGCAAAGUUCAAGGUCAAGCAAUUCGAAGUCAAAGACAGCAUUGACCCCGACGCGCAUUGGGAAACCAUGGCAGCGAUCCACGAAGAUGCCGCUCGCGGUCAUGCUGCCCCAUCCUUCAGCGCAAAUCUCGGGGCGGAUAGCGAGGAAGCUGAUCCGUAUUUGAGACGGAAACGAGAAGAGGCCAAAGCCAAAGAGACCGACGUGUUGGAAGUGUGGUUUACGGGUGCACACUGCGACGUGGGCGGCGGCGCCGUGCCCAACACGGAGCGGCACAAGCUCGCUCAGGUUCCCCUACGCUGGAUGCUGCGGCAGUGCUUCGCGUGCGACACGGGCAUUAUCUUCAAGGUGCACCGGCUGGCGGAGGAGGGGCUGGACGUGCACACUCUCUGGCCCACGUACACGCCGCUGGGGGUGCCGCCGCUUGCACCGCCGCCGAGCAUGGUAGAGAAGCAGCGAGAGGGGAAAUUUCCCCCGAUUGCACGGCGCUCGGCAGUGCUCAAACCCGUCGAUGAGAAAGAGCCGAGGGGCUGGCAGCAUGUAGAGCUGUGGAAGGAUCCGCACCAGCGCGAGCUGCACGACAACUGGGUGCCAGAGCAUGUCGAGGACUACUUUGACGCCAUCUCCCCCAUCCACGACGAGCUGGAAAUCGCGCGGACGUGGUGGAUUCUGGAGAUGUGGCCGAUCAAGGUGCACGUGCUACAUCGGGAUGAGUGGGUGCAAAAGGUGAGCGUGAAUCUGGGCAUGUACCGUCCGACGCGCGAGAAGGCUCCCAACUUGCAUUGGACCGUCGAACAGCGCAUCAAGGCCAUUGGGUACAGGGCACCCGUGCGCAUGGCCAGUGAUACGGUGUGGAAUAUCGUGGCGUAG